AGAUGGCGUCUAAAACACGUGUUCUUUGGUUUUAAUAUAAACGGUUAUAAACGAUUACUUUAUUGAGCUCACUAUUGCAAAUUCCCCGCAAUGGAUGUUUCACUGAUUGGCUCGUAUACAAAGCUUCAAAACACUAAAAUUCCUUUGGAAGAACGUAUCGAAAUUUCUCGGAAAAUUGUUAGCGACACCCAGUGCUUUCUGCCGAAUAAAAAACAAGUUAUCCUUGAUUGGUCGUGUCAAGAAUUGAGCAACAUUCGCAGUGGAGAGAAAAGCGACAAGGAUGAUUUUAAGUUUGUCGAGAAUGAAAUAAGAAUUUGGAAAAUUCUUAGUGAAGUCUUAAAUGAUCCAGAGAGCAAGAUUGUUCUGCGCCAAAAACAUUUGACAUUAUUGUUCCGAGAAUUGGAUGAAAUUAAAAGCUUUCUCGGAAAGUUUUGUUCUGACAAUGGCUACUUUAGUGAUGUUACCCAAGAUCGACUUCUGUCUAUCUUCUCGUGUUUUCAAGCAAUCUCGAAAAAUUCCAACAUGUCCUUAGCAUUUUUUAACAAGUUGGAAAAUCUUGAACAAUAUUUGAAAGGGAUUUUGACUUGUUUUUUGAGUGUACUACUUAUGCAAUCACAUAUGCAUUCUGCGGAUUUUGUCCAAGAGCUUUGUCACCUCGUUGUUAUCGUGUUACGGCAGUACAAUACUGUGCUGUGCCAACAAGUUGCAUAUCAUAAAAAUUUCAUCAACCUUUGUGAGAAGUUGUUACCUCUUCUUUUGUUUGGAAUAACUGUUUUAAAAGGUGACUUUUGUGAAGUCAAAGAUUCAAGCAAGAAAGAAAUUAGUUUUGCAAUUGAGGCUGUAAUAAUUUCUGGGUUAUUCCACAAAGAUCUUGUAUUAAAUUAUAAUCCUGCUGUCAUUCCUCAACAACAAAUUGAACCAAGCCCAAAAAAGCAGAAACUAGUUAAUCCCUAUAAGCAGUUAUUUGAUGUCUUGGAAAGCUUGAGAAAAGACAAUGAAGAGAGCACUAGUAUAGAAGGUGUCAAUGUCACACCAGAUAUGAUAUAUCUAACGAUCUCCACAAGUUUACCCUUUCUCCUGGAAAGUUUCCUGAAAGUUAUUCAAGCAGAUGAAAAGGCAGACAAAGCAAACAAAUUUAGUUUCUUUGUUCAGCUUUACAAUGCUGUAGCUCCAAGUGGAUUAGCUGGGAAUAUUCCAGACGUCACCAGAAUUGAUAUUCUCAAUAAAAUGCUGAAAAUUAUUGUGGAUUAUGAUGUCUGUGAGAUUGCUGAAGAUGAAGCUAAUGAUAGACCAGUAUUUAAUUGGUUCAUAAAUUUUUUAGAAAAUGUCUUGUUUUCUCAAAGUCAUCACAAUACUGGAACAUAUCAUUGUCUUGAUAUAAUAUUGAAACUCAACCAUAAAAUUAUUGAACAUUUUCUGGAAAUUGUGCUAGCUAUAUGUUUCAAAAAAUCAAAAGAAGAUUCUAUUUCUGAAGCCAUUGAUAAAGCAAAAGCUGUUCUACUGAGAAACAUUGUGGAAACAUAUACCAAACUACAACAGUUGGAAAACCUGGUCAGAUAUAUUCUAAAAGUUUUCAAUGAAUUGGGAAAUGAAUUGGGCAACAUUUCAGUUGAUGUUUUGACAAAGCUCUCCAGGUCCUUUGAACAAUGUCCUUUAAACCAAAGCCUUAGCAUACUACAAUAUUUCCUCUCCAAAAUGAAAGAAAAGGUUCAGUCAAUGGAGCACAAAGAUGGAUGCACUGACAUGUCGUUAGAAGGAAUAAGCAUUCUCUUUGUAACAUUUGUUCAAAAUUCAUCUUUUAAUGCAGCUGAUCCACAUGGUCUUGAUCAAAAGAAAGCAACCAGCCUGGAGAAACUUGUUAGGGAACUCAAAGUUGCAAUAAUCAUGCCACUGAUUAAUGCUUUUCCAAUGCAUAGACAAACCUCUCAAAAACAACUUGGUUUCUCUGUUUUGUUCCUCAUUCAUGGCUUGAAUAGUUUGGUCAUGUUUUUACAUCAGCACAAUGUUAUUCCUGUGUCAAAUGAUCAUUAUAUUGAGAUUUGCUGGGAUUCCAAAGUGGAAUCUUUCAUUCCAGAUGAGAUUUGCAGAGGUUUGUCAAUAUUGAAAAAGAACAGACGUCUGAGAUUUUGUAUGGAAAUUCUUGUUGUGCACAGAAUGCGACGUCUACUUCUAAACGCAAACUUUGACCAGAACGAAUAUGACCACAUGGUAAACAUUUUGUUCAACUUCCAAAAUUCUCUCACAGAAUUGGAAAUUUCUUCUGUUACUUGGAACUCUGAUCCCCAAUGUGUGGACAGUACAAAUUAUCCCAUUGCCCACUGGAACCUUGUUACCCAUUAUGCACCUUUGUUCAUCCCAUAUUGCAAUGAAAAACAGCUACAAGCAUUCUCUGAAUUCAUGAUCAGAACCCUUGUCCACAAAGGGGAAGAAUCCGAACAGGAUGAUUUGACAAUUUAUCGCAUUUCUGAAAGCAUUCUAAAGAACAGUGAACUGCUCGUUUUGCCAUCAUUACAAGAAGCUGUUGUAAAGCAGAUUUGGAUUUUGUUAGGUGAAUGUAUGAAGCAAAUGGUUAGUGACAAAUUAUCAGAUGUUUUUACCUGGGAAGCAUCUGAAGAUGACGUCGAUGAAAUGGAAGAUAGCAAGAACGGCAAUCGUGAACGUAAUUUGCAGCCUGGAAAGAUGGAUAUGAAUAGAGCCACUUCAUCUGCACAGAUGAUCGCCAGUGUUAUGAAUAGCGGGCUUCUUGAGAAAGACAGAAAAGAGAAAAAUAAGAAGAGUAAUGAGAACUUGAGCAUGGUAGCUCGCCUUUUAAAAGUCUUACAAAGGUUACCAUGUCAUCACUUUACACCAAGUAAUAAAAUUCGUUGCAUUCUUGGUUCAUUAGCUUGUGAUGUUCUCUUGGAAUCUUGUCGUGAUUCUCAUCAUACGGCUGCUCAAUUAUCGUGUCGUGAAAUCGUUACAACUCUACUCCAAAGUUUGCUUCAACAACGUGAAUUUUCGGUGUGGCGAGUGGUUGAUAUGGCAGCCCUAUUGCGAUGGAUUUAUCAGACAAUUCCUGAUUACAGUGACAGGAAUUCCGCCGAAACACCUUCCAAUGUUGAAAGAAAGUUUCUUGAUGUUUCCAAAGAACUACUCACAUUUGCCGCCGCCCUGAGCUUGAGAUUAUCAAGCAAGGGAAGUCAAAGCACUGUUGAUUUCAGCAAAGAACGUGUCGCAUCGCUGGCAGGUUCCGUUGACGUCGGAAAUCCAGAGUUGUCACGAUGUGUUGAAGUACUUCUUAUAAUUAUUUACGCUGGAUCAGAAUUUUUGGAACAGAAGGGAAGUAGUUCGUCAACGAAGACAGUGCGUUCUGUAAUUUCAGAGGCUGCAUUUGGUCUGACAAAUUUUAUCAAGAGCAUCCUCGAAGAUGAGAAUUCUUGCCAACAAAAGAAAGGUCGUGCCGAGAUGUUGGUUAUAAAGUUAGUCGGAGUUCUAACGAGAGCGAUGAAAUCUUUCAACGAUACGAAGUUAUCUGAGAAUAAAGAGUCUACAAAUGCUCCUGAGGAGUGGGGUGAAAUUGUUUGUAUGGUGGUCGUCAAGAUUUUGGGAAAGAUGGAAGACCUAGGAAAUUCUGCCAGUGGUUUCCUCGAUGUCAGUGAUGAGAUGAUAACGUUUAUUACAGUCUUAACGGACGUGUUUAAGGGUAGUCAAGAGCACUGUGAUCACAUACCGGUCGAAUUACGCGCUCGAAUUCUCCGAAAGUGUUUGGAAGUUCUCAGAGAUGUUGGGCUCACUCCUGGAGACGGAAUAUGCGAGAAAGAAAGCAUGACAAAAGAAUCAAAUAAACUUGAAGAGGUGAUACGUGGAUUGCUUGCAAGCCUUCUCGAAGAGAACGCAGGAAGUAAUUGUAUCUUUGUCUUGGAAAAUAUCAUUGAAUGGAGUAUUGAAAAGAAUGAAGUAUCUACUCUCCAUACUGGUUUCUCCGUUUUAAGAGAUUUGCUUACCACAAAAGUAGCCAAGCAAAACAAGAAAAAGCUUCGUUCAAUUGCGGUGAACAUCGUGAUAACAUUGUUAAGUAAAGCUGUGACCAAUAAUGAGAUUUCGAAUGUAGUUCUAGAAACUGUUGCCGCUCUUGUAACACUUGGUGCUGGAGUGUUCUACCCUCAUGAAGUAGCCCUGGUGUUUCAAGCAUUAUCUCUCACACCGGAAGUUACAAGCCUUGGGUCCUUCUCGCGUAUCUUCAUGGCCAAGUUCAACAUUUUAAGUUGGACAUUGUUCUAUUAUCCUGAUUAUGUUUACGGAGCAGUGCACGUGUUUCUACCCUUUGUUCGGGAAUUACUUACCCUUCUUCUCGCUCAGGGAGCAAAAAUGACCGAUGAAAAAAUAAAGUCAGAGGGGGUCGCCAUAGUGUUAAAUUGUGUGGAGAAGAUGUCUCGUCUUUACCAAGAAAUGGCCUCCCACAAAGAUGUGCUAUCAAAAUACUCGAUCUAUUUCCUCGCCGACUGUGUUCAUGUGAUGUGCAUGCAUAGUGUACCUGAGGUGAUGCGUGAGGCGCUCGUCCAAGGUGUUCAUUUCUUGUUUGACAUAUGCAGUGAUGAUGGACUCCAGAAGCUUCACGUCUAUCUACCUAGCAAUGAACGAGAACUGUUCCGAUCUUUAAAGGACGACUACAUGAAACAUCACAAGUUUAAGGGAAAUGCUUGAACUUCUAACUGUAUUAAUAAAUUAGGAAACUAAUCAAAUCCUCAUCAAGAAUUCAUUACAGACUGUGGACUGUAUGAACUAUCGCGUACCGAAAUAACGGGGAACCCCUCGUUUACAUAGUCUAGAAAUAACAUCUUUAUAAAACCCGUGUAAACAAGAUAAAAUGUAAACAAGAUAAAAUGUAAACAUGACUGAAUUUUUAUAAUACUGACCUGUGUAAAUCAUUGAUAUAAAUACGUCCAGCAGACUCGAAUCCGGCGCCAUCUUUGUAUUUCAAAUUCAGCGCUCUGAUAGGCUCUAUAUACAGCCUGUUAAAGUUUACCAUAGACAAUUCAAAAGAAAUGUCUUUUGGAUUGUCUAUGAGUUUACCAUUCCACCCUAGCGUUCAAUGACUCCAUCUACACGACAGGUGCCAUCUUGGUACUCGUAAUUCUUCAGACGGUUUAAAUAUAUCCAUGCUCUAAAUACAGACGUAC